GUUAUGCCCUUGCGCAUACACACACUACAGACACGCCAAUCAGCCUACCUUUGUAGGCUGAUUGGCAAAAAGAUUGGUAAUCUUUGUACCCGGAGGUGCUCCCCUGCAGCAAACUCCACACACACACACACAGCACAGUGGCAGGAAUCGAACCCCCAACCCUGGCGGUGUGAGGCGAACGUGUUAACCACUAAACCACCACACACCCCAGAAACGUUCAAAUAUCUUAAAUAGUCUUUCUUCAACUCUAACUUCCUUACUGUUCGAAAUAUAUUUUCAGUGACAAAAAGGACUAUACACUGACGUCGAGUUCAACUUAUUAUUAUUAUUAUUAAUUUUUUUUUCUAGAAUAUCUUCCUUCUUGUUGUAACACAUUUUGAUAUGCAAAUUUAUUCAUUGGUUAUGCAUAUUCAUUUGUGGCGUCAUCUGGGGACUUCUAGCCAUAUUGUGAUUUUUUUUUUUCUUUCUUUCUUUUCUUCCAAGCAUGUAUUAUCUACUUUCCCUCUGAAAAUGCUGGCAGUCCCGAGUUGAUAUCACUCUGGUUUUAACACCUACUGAAGAGUUAUUUUUUCUUCUUCCUACAGACAGCAGUAUUGAAAUGUCUGGUUUGGUAAUAGUGAUGGAUAGAACCGGUCUCAUUGACAAAUCAGUUCUUAUGAAGAGUGAAGACAGCAUGUCCUUUUUUUUCUUUAUAUUAUGUGAAGAAAGGGGAAGUGCAAACAGGCUCGCUAUAUACCUAUGUAUAGCUGAGGGGGAAAAUACUUGUCAAACAUGACACGGGAACACCGACUAGAGGCCUCAAACCUUGUAAAAAGUGAAAUGUUUAGCCGCUUCGUCACACAAGUCGGAGUCGAGACUGGGCUUACUCAGUCAUUUUUCCUUCAGCCUGUUGCUGUGUGCGUGUGUGCGCGCGCGCGCUUUCUCCCCUUCUACGGCGCUAAAUGAUUGGGUUUAGUAAGUUAUUCGUUCUGUUCAGGUACCAGGAACCGCUUUCUACAAGCUCUUAAACUCUUUCAGCUAGGAAAUCUUUUGCUUAGACAUGUCAAAUUCGACUUUUAAUAGCGAAUAUCUUUACAAUUUACCCGCCGCUGUUGUUCAUGAAUUCACCCGUGUUAUGGAUUCACUCCCGUAUUCAGACUGGCAGAGAUUUGCUUCCCAAGUAAUAUGUGACCAGACAGAGCUUCGGCUCUUGGAGCAGAGCGGCAGACGGACGGAAACACUAAUACACAAAUGGGGGUGCAGGAACGGGACGGUCGGAGACCUCAUAACCGUCCUGCAAGAUUUGGAGCUGUUCAGACCUCGAGAUAUCAUUCUUAAAUGGCGGCGUAUUCCACAGCUGAGCCCAACCUCCCCCAGCUCCCUGCCACCACCGAGCCUCACCCGCAGCAGUUCACCCUCCUCAUCAUUAUUUACCCCCUCUAAAGACGUCACCCGCGCCCUCUCCACUCUAGAGAGCAAGCUGCUACCCAAAACUGGAACUGGACCUCCACCCCCUGAUCUGACCAGGACAUGUCCCUGUCCACCAUCAACCGUUUUAAAAGAAAGUAAAAAAGAAGAGCGUUCUUGCGAUAGCUGUGCAGUUCAGUCGCCGCCGUUCACGGGCGUCAUGUGCUGGCCGUUCAACGAAGUGCAGCGAGGUACGGACAAUUUCUCCGCAGCCAGGCAGAUCGGAGAGGGAGGUUUCGGCCACGUGUACCGCGCCUCCAUGAGGAACACAGACUUUGCGGUAAAGAGGCUCAAAGAGGAUUCCCAUAUGGGCUGGAGUGUGGUGAAGGAAAGUUUUAAGACUGAGGUGGAAAGACUCUCACAGUAUCGACAUCCAAACAUAAUGGACUUGGUUGGUUACAGUGUGGAAGGUGGAGCAUACUGCCUUAUUUACGUGUACAUGCCCAGCGGUUCUCUGGAGGACCGGCUGCACUGUGAGAGUGGCUCUGCCCUCUCCUGGUCACAGCGUGUUAAAGUGGUGUUGGGGUCGGCGAAAGCUAUUCAGUACCUUCAUUCCUGCUCUCCCGCACUCAUCCACGGAGACGUCAAAAGGUACGGCAGUUCCAACAUUCUCUUAGGGGAACAUCUGGACCCGAAGCUGAGCGAUUUUGGCCUGGCGCGGUUGUGUCGUAACCCCAGCAGAACACCAGGGAAGACGAGCAGCGUGGCUCAAACCUCUACGGUGCGCGGCACCCUGGCGUACCUGCCCGAUGAGUACCUGAAAGAUGGCCAGCUGGGCAUGGAGAUCGACGUUUACAGCUUUGGAGUGGUGUUGCUGGAGGUGCUGACGGGCCGAAGAGCUUUAGAAACCAGCAGCCAGUCAAAGAAUGUUUACCUGAAAGACCUGGUGUCGGAACUGGAGGACGAUGGGAAAAGUUGCAGCAGAAGUAAGGACACUCGAGAGCUCUCCAAUUCACAGGCGGCGGAGAACAUCUGGAAGAAGCAUCUGGAUCCGUGGCUGAUGACGGACGGAACGCCUGGCCCUCACAGGUCGAAAGAAAUCGCUCAGUUGGCGUGUCGCUGUUUAGACCGCCGGAGAAAGAAAAGGCCUCCGAUGACUGAGGUCUUCAAUACUCUCCUGCAUGUGCAUACAGGCCUGGAGGCUUUAAACGGAACGGUCACGGUCAGAACGUCUCCUUCUCCUCCUCCUCCUCAUCUGUCUUGCCCGAUGCCUCUGCGCUCCGAUAAGUCUGUGGACUCUCUCUCUCAUCAGUUCUCAAAGCUCGGCCCUCAGGAGAACACUUUCUGGUGCUCGCACAACCACAGCUUCCCACGCCCCCCUUCCGCAGUCACUUGCUCAGAUCUCCCUGAGUCAAGAAGGAGAGAAGAAUCGUGGGACAGUCGCUAUUCCUCCUCUCGUGUGCCGUGUGAAUCGGAUGAGAGUCAAGGCUAUUCGCAGUAUCUCGUGCCAGCGUGCACAGCACAGGGAAACACGUCUCAGCUGUGGCCUGAGGGAAACGGCCAUAUCAAGAACACGCAGUCAAGCAGCUUCUCGGGAGUUCCACCGAAUCCUUCGAGUGUCGCCUCAGAUGACCGAGUUAUUAUUAAUCCAUUCAGACAGCGCUUAGUUGAGAAAAUGGCACUUUACGAGGAAGGUCGAAUCCUGACAUCAGACCUCUUCUCUUCAGGCGGUGCAUCAAAUGGAGCGAUGAACACACGACCACAGGAACCAGAGGAGAGCGACGAGUUUGCUAGCAGCUUAGCCUAGACCACUCAAACUGAUCUCUACUGACUCAUUCCAACACUUAAGAGGAAAUCGGGCACGAGGUGCUUAGCUGGUCAGGAUUUCCCAACACCAAACGUUCUCAACACCAGAAUGGUGACCUA